AUGGACCACGACUUUGCACCUCCUCCUCCAGAGAUGCAGCCGCACAGGGCUCCAGGCCCCAGAUCUUCUUUCUCCCGCGGCCACAUGCUGGGGCGCCACACCCACCAAAAGCUCACCAGAGAUGUGUCCCCCCUCAUCCCUGUCAUCAAGAAGACUGUCCACUUGAACGCCUUCCCCCAAGGCAAUGUCCUACCGACUUUCAGCCAGCCAAGCCUUAGAUCCAAGGCCUGGAGUAUGUCCCAACAGGGCAGCAUAGGGCCCCUGGGCUCUCUGCCUCCCAAUAGCUUUAUGCCCAGGAAACUCAGCUCUAUUUCCUUAACGAUUCGCCAGAAUGUCCAAGCGCGGCCCCUGGAUGCCCCAGUUUCUCAUUGGGAAGAGUUGUCCAAUUUGGGCAAGGAGGUACUCACCCAUGGAGAAGGGAGGCCUUCCACUUCAAGAUCACCAUCCAUGGCCCCAGUGCCAAAGGACAGCACCUCCUCUGAAGGCCAUGGGAACCCAGGUCUUACCAAAGCCAACAGGACACCCUCAGGGGAUAAGCCCCUGGUGUCUUCACAUCUGACUUUGCCAUUCCAAUCUCAGCACACUCAGAGUUCGGGCUCUGUGGCUCAAGUCCAAACCAGAACCUCUCCAGGAAGAGGCAAGUCCAAGCCCAGGGGUAUUCCCAGAUCCCGAGCGUACCUCCAAAGGGCUGCUCCUUCUCCUUCUACAAAUUUGUCUGCUGUGGGCACAAAAUUAGAUAUAGCCAGAAAUUUAGGCACAAUGGUCAUCAACAGACCUGAGCUGGCUAUCAAUAUGUCCACACCAAACCCAUCCAGAAUGGUCAGAGACACUGAACUUCCUAAGAUGGGCAUGACCGUUGACUUACCUAUAGCGUCCAAGGCAGGAAAAUCCACAGAUUCGGUGAUAACAGGCCCACCCAAACUAGGCACAGCCAUGAAUUUAGCUGGAUCAGGGACAACCAAGCCAGGCCAGGUUGUGAAUUUGGUAACUGCAGACUCAGACAAGCUGGAAAAUGUCAUGGUUAUGACCACGGAGGACUCAGCCAUGGCUUUGGAAAUACCGGAUCAAAUUGAUCUGGGCAUAAGCAGGUUGGACACAGCCAUGGCUUUGGCUGGAGUCAAUAGAGCCAAGCUGGACACAACUGCAGAUUCUUCUGUGUUGGACACAAGCAGACUGGAAACAGCCAUGGAUUCAGUUGUGCUGGUCUGCCCAGUCACUGGUGAGACCAAGCUAGACAUUGCCAAUCACCUGACCAUCGCGGACGCUGCAACCUAUUCGCUAAUGCCAGGCAGAAGCACAGACCCAGGCCAGGACUGUGCUGCUGCCGAUGCUGCCACAGACAGUGCCGCCGAGCCUACCUCGCUGGACCUGGCCAGAGAACCCGAAGGGCUCCCAGAGGCCAGGACGGACACAGCUAUGUCAGAGCUGGUACCCGAGCCCAGGCCUAAGCCGGCGGUGCCCAUGAAGCCGGUCAGCAUCAACUCCAACCUGCUAGGCUACAUCGGCAUCGACACCAUCAUUGAACAGAUGCGCAAGAAAACCAUGAAGACUGGUUUUGACUUCAACAUCAUGGUCGUUGGCCAGAGUGGACUGGGCAAGUCGACGCUGGUCAACACACUCUUCAAGUCCCAAGUGAGCCGAAAGGCCUCCAGCUGGAACCGGGAGGAGAAGAUCCCUAAGACAGUAGAGAUCAAAGCCAUUGGGCAUGUGAUAGAGGAAGGUGGUGUCAAAAUGAAGCUGACAGUCAUUGACACGCCAGGCUUCGGGGACCAGAUCAACAAUGAAAACUGCUGGGAGCCCAUUGAGAAAUACAUCAAUGAGCAGUAUGAGAAGUUCCUGAAGGAAGAGGUGAACAUUGCCAGGAAGAAACGCAUCCCUGACACCCGUGUCCACUGCUGCCUUUACUUCAUCUCCCCCACAGGACACUCCUUACGACCACUUGAUCUUGAGUUCAUGAAACACCUCAGCAAAGUGGUGAACAUCAUCCCGGUCAUUGCCAAGGCUGACACCAUGACCCUGGAGGAGAAGUCUGAAUUCAAGCAGAGGGUUCGCAAAGAGCUUGAAGUAAACGGCAUUGAGUUCUACCCUCAGAAAGAGUUUGAUGAGGACUUGGAGGACAAGACAGAGAAUGACAAAAUCAGGCAGGAGAGCAUGCCCUUCGCUGUGGUGGGGAGUGACAAGGAGUACCAAGUGAAUGGCAAGAGGGUCCUCGGCAGAAAAACCCCGUGGGGGAUCAUUGAAGUGGAAAACCUCAACCACUGUGAGUUUGCCCUGCUUCGAGACUUCGUCAUCAGGACUCAUCUCCAGGACCUCAAAGAAGUCACCCACAACAUCCAUUAUGAGACUUACAGGGCCAAGAGGCUCAAUGACAACGGAGGCCUCCCUCCGGGAGAAGGCCUCCUGGGCACUGCCCUUCCACCUGUGCCAGCUACCCCCUGUCCCACUGCUGAAUGAAGGCCAUUUCAAGCGCUGCUUCUCCCUCAUUCCUUCCAGCUGCUCUUGCUGCAGGGCCAAGCCCCCUUUAAUGCUGUGCUUGUCCAGCCCGCCACUACAACCCCUCUCAGCCCUCAGCAGGUGGGAGGGGCCGGCUGCCUCUUUAGGACCAGUAGCUUCCUCCAUUUAGCCAAACGACCCCUCUCCUCCUACUGGAACGGAGUUCCUGCCAGCCAGCAUUGCCCUGCUCCAUCGUCUGUCAGCAGCCCCAGCCCAUGUGUAGAGAGAAGGAACUCACCGAGAGCUUCUCCUGCCCUUGCAAGCCCAUUCCAGCGACUUGUAACCAUCUCCAAGGGAACCGGCAUUGCUCCCUAGCCAUUCAUCUGCAUGAGUACUCUUCUUGGCUCCCUUAAACGGUCAAGAAAGCGAUUUUUUUCUGCUUGUCAGUCAUUGAGGUCAGCUGUGUGAGCCCCUACGUGGGACAAGGGUGUCUCCUUCAUUGCUUAAAGGUAUAAGGGUGAUUCAUUACAGAGACUGGGGAGCAAGAGGGCUAGCCUCACUUAAAUCACCACUGGUGUCUGGCCCAGUGUGUGUAUAUGUGUGUGUGCGUGUGUGUGUGUGUGUGUGUGUGUGUGUGUAAACAACCUCUUUACACCCCCCCAAAUGUGGCCAUUUGGGAAGUGGUUUUCCUGAAAAGACGUUGCUGGGUUUGACUUCCUAUUCCCCAAACAACAACAAGGGGGAAAAAGUGAAUCAAACACACACAUGAACCCCCCCCCCCAAACCCACAAGCUAUACACGCUAGGCGGGAAAAUAGCACCCUUUUGUACAUUUAGCAAUAAGAGGGAUCUCUUCCCACCUACCCCGAGCAUUCCAGCGCCCGUCUCCCACCCUGUUAAUGUGAGCAGUGCAUUAGUCUGACCACAGGUCACUGUGGGCUAAUGGAAAAUUCUCGACGGAGGGCAAAGCCCCCAACAGAUGCAUGAAUGUUUGCGAAUGUCGGCCGCCCCUGCCCCACUCACUGUGUCUUUCUAGAAAUCCUCCCUUGGCCACCUCCCCUGCCAUCUCCACCUGGAUACAACUUGCUCAAAGGCUGGUGACUUGUGGGCCAUUCAUCUACAAGUCCUGAUGGAACAAGAGGCCCAAGCCUAGGGGAUGCAGGAACGACCCAUUUUUAAAAUGUUAUUAGUCCCAACCAAUGUUUUGGUGAUAUUCCAGUUGAAUUUCCCAAUUGAAA